GUAGAUUUAAACAACAAGGGCUUUUGUAACCACCAGCAUUCCAAUUUCUACGCCCUCAACGACCAGUCCUAUGCGAACAGUCAGGGCUGUCAACCCAUAGCCUAUAAGUGUGACUCCUAUGACAACUACAACCGGGGUCUGUGCGCCGACUGCGGCACUGCCACCGAAAAACAUUGCGUCCCAAUGGAGCUAAACCUCGAUUACUGGGACGACAAAUCCAAUUGGAUUACUAAUCAGGGUAUAAACCACUUCUACAUCAAUACCGGCAGCGCUACCACCGACGGCUACUGCCUAAAUACCUAUCAAGUUGUGGUGGUGACGGAUGACCCGACCUGUUCCGGUCAGAUGCAACUCGAGUUAUCCGAAGGUUAUAAUAUUGCAAUGACUUUGAGCAGCGCUAAUGAGAUUAAGACCCCGAUCACCGGU